AUGGAUCAAAACCGAAGUAAAUUGCUGUCUGGCAUGUUAUCUCUUGAAAAGAUUGAUGACAACGUGUUUCGAUCAGACGGACCUCAUAUUGGUGGAGUAGUAGGUCCAAAUCGUUUAUUUGGAGGUCACGUUGUUGCCCAAACAUAUGACGCAGUUAAAAAGUUUGUGAAAAACGAAACAACAGUUUUCAGUUUACAUUAUAAUUUUGUGUCGACAGGCGACCCAUUAAAAGCAAUUCAUUUCGAAUUGAGUCGAACCGACGAUAUUAUUAGAGUUAUUGCGUCACAUGAUAAGAAAAUUAUCGGAUUGGCUCACGUGAAACUGGGGAAUGAGCUUCUCGAACCACCAAAAUACGUUGAAGAUGUUCCCCAAUUGAUUGAACUUCUUGAAGUAACAAAGCAAAUUUCAAAAUUGCCUACCGAUCGUUUACGAAAGAGAUAUUCAUUGUUUCAAAACAAAUUUAUAUUUGAUAUUCGGCCUCAUCACCUUGUAACUAAUCCUGCUCCUGGAGAUUUCCGGAUCAAUUACUAUGCAAGGCUGCACCCAACGGCUUUAGAAAAAGCGAAAGCUGAUGAUGGAUUAACUGUCGUCAUUGCGUUGUCCGACUUCUUUUCACUGCAGUCAUCGCAAAAUAUUAUUAAUUCUUCCGGAUAUAGACUUGCAUCGGGUGCCUCACUUCAUCACAAAGUUAUGUUACAUGUUUCAAAUGUUGAGGUUUCACAAUGGUUUUUGGUGCAAUCACGAACUGAGUUGAUGAGCGGAAAUAAAGCAAAAAUAACUGGCCAUAUUUACAAUAGCAAUAAAGACGGUAUUCUGACAUUCAUUCAAGAAGCCUAUGUUGUUGCUGCUCCACCACUAUCAAAAAUAUAG